GCAAAUUUAAAGCCCCAUAUUCUCAAGACUGCUGUACGUUGUGAAGGAUAUGAUUAUUGCAAGGCACACGGGCAUAAGUGGACUUACGAUCAGCCAGAAGGCUAUGGUCGGAUGAACAACAGGCUGUCCUCAGAUAUAUUUGGAGCUAGCCAGAUCCUUUCUUUCUAUUUGGUCUUUUUCUUGCCAGCCUCAGCGUAUCUGACGUCAGUAGCAACAGAACCACUGAACUUGGCCAGCGCAUAUCAGGCAGAUCUCCUAGCCAGGACAGCCAAAUUUCGUCCGGGUGGCCACUGGUAUGCGGGUUACGCUGGACCAUGGUUGGAGAACCAGUUCUACGACCAUUGGGUGGCGCAUAGUCCGCAGAGCCAGCGAAUAUAUGUGCCCAUCCAUUGGACAGAUGUUUUACACAAGGCACCUCACUUGAUACCAGUUGUACAGAAGGUACUCGAUACCCUGGACCCGAACUUCAAGUACUUCUCAGUCUCUCAGCUGGCGAGGGCGUUCAACCACCCUAGCCUGACGCUGAAGGUGCCCAAAGAGCUGGACUUUGUCCUCUUCUCAUCAGGCGGCAGCAGCAAGCCUCUGCAAGCAGUCCCUGUGCCCCUCCUGAAGCAGGAACUGACGCCCGAGGGGCUGAGCAAAACCAUCAGCGUAACUUUCCAGGGCUCUGUCACCCACGACCUGCGAAACCAGCUGGCUGUGAAGCUGCGCAAGUCAUUCCUUUUCCUAAACCAGAGCUCUGAUUGGGCGGUGAUUUUGGAGAGCAGCAAUUUCUCCAUCUGCCCAAGGGGCUUUGGGUCCACCUCGUUUCGAGUGGCUGAGACCAUUCAGCUGGGAACUCUGCCCAUCUAUGUGUGGGAGCAGGAAGCAUGGCUGCCCUACAGCAAUCUGCUUGACUGGAAUGACUUUGCAAUAGUUGUCAGCAGCCACAAACUCGCAGAGCUGCCUGAGAAGAUAAGGCAGGCAGAUGUGGGGAAGAUGCAGGAAGCUCUGAAGAAGGUGCAGCAUAUGUUCACCUACAAUUACACAAUAGAGUACAUAUUGAAACAGGCGGCAGCCAUGACUGUGGUGCCGGCAAAAUCCGCAGAGAGCAUUGUGCAGGUGAAUCAUUACUGA